CAUAACACGUAAAGGAAGAACAGAAGCCAGGGAAACAGGAAAUGUCAACCGACUGGCUGCAGCGUUCCACUUUCUAAUUAUUACACGAUGGACUGCUGAAACUUCACCGACUUCAGAACAUCGUCAUAGAACAAGCUGCAAGUAUGACUAAUGUUUACUCUUUUGAUGGCAUCCUGGUGUUUGGGCUGCUGUUCGUAUGCACGUGUGCAUACCUCAAAAAGGUGCCUCGUCUCAACAGCUGGCUACUGUCAGAGAAGAAAGGAGUGUGGGGCGUCUUCUACAAAGCUGCCGUAAUUGGGACGCGGCUCCACAUCGCUGUGGCCAUUUCCUGCAUGUUAAUGGCGUUCUACAUUGUCUUCCUGAAAUGACAGUCGCACGCUAGACUGUAAAGACUGGACACUGUGUGCAGGAAUGGAAACAGAUUCAUCAAUGUAGAGGUUACGUUGGAAUCCUUGAUGCAGGACACUUGUAGGAUGAAGUGGGCGAUGGAACCCCAUUGCCCUGUGGACCUAUGUGGAAAAAUAGCUUGGGGUGCCCCUUUCUGGUGACUGGGUACAUGACUCUUUUCUUUAUAAUGUACAUUACAUGCACUACAGACAUGAAGGUUGUCCUUAAUCCACUCCAGUGAUUGAGAAAAAAAGCUUGGUCACAUGGUAUCAUUCUGUGGAUAGAUAAUGCUGUCAUCUCCCCAUCACAAGUUGUAAUUAUUUAUAUUGAAGGAUGCUGGUUAAAACUGCAUUGUAUGUAAAGCAUUAUGUACGUUCUUGCUGUAUGUAUGUUUGGAAGAUCAAUGACAACACAGGAUUUUCAGGCUUAUAUGAUCAAACAGAAACCUAGUUUAUUUUUCCACCCAGUUCUAUUCUGUUGUUUUUCUGACAGUGGUGGAGGGUAAGACAAACAAAGAUAAUAUAUAAAGAUGUUCUUGUGUGCUCUGUAAUUUACAGUAUAGGAGCUUUUCAGUUAACUUUCUUAACUGGUGUGUGUAUUGCAUCCCAUGUCUUUUUGAGUCUGAAUUACACAUUUUACACUAGUGUGUUUUGUACUUGUACAUUUAAAUCUAACCCAAGAUAAGGUAUACAGUAAAUGUCAAUAAUAAUACAUUUAGAUGUCAAAUUCCAACCACAGCUGUAGAUUACAACAGGUUUGUAGUGACUUCAAAAGAAGGUAUAUUUUAACAUUGAAAAGCUACGUCUGACACACCUGGUAAUGAAAUGACAAAAAGAGUUUGGAGCUUCCCAUAUCACCGCUCUCACGUUGACAUUUUACUUCACCACCUACAUUUUUGUAUAUGUUUUGAGGGAGUAGGAUUGAGAUGAAAUUUCAGUAAAUUGAUUAAACAAA